UGAAAUGUAACUUGAUAUUUUUUACUCCCAUCUGUCUUGAAAUCAAGUCAUUAAACAUUUCAGACUGCCUACGAAUAUGUCCUCGAAAGAACUGCGUUCGCGAAGAAACGCUUCCAGAUGCUCAUUCCUAACCAGAAUGAAUCCCUGACCCAAGGCCAAAUGCUGCUUAUGGGAUUCAACGGACUGUUCGAUAAGCUCAACCAGGAGAUUAACAACUUAGUCGCAACCCUGGGCGAUUUAGAAAUACCCAAAUCUUGGAAGAAAUUGGACCAUGUGAAGGAAGCUAAGAGCAUCGCCCCACAUAUCUUCCAUGCCGAGGUGCGUGCUAUUUUAGAAGACAUAUUCCUUCUGAAGCGUAUCAAGACAAUUUCCGAAUUUUUCGUGCUGGCUCAAGAGACUUGCGUUACGCUGAAAGGAAUGGGUAGUAAUAUGCUUCUAACUGACGAUCAACUGGCGAAACCAGUCAAGCAGUUCAUAGCAGAGUUUAUAUCCAGGAACAUACUGGGAAUCAUACCGGAGAAUAUCACGUACGCCGUUUGUUUCCUCUUGCAGAAGCUGGGACUCGAUAUAACACAUGAGAUUGAACAAAAGGACAUCGGAGCUGAAAGCAAGGCUAUUUUCGCUUGUUCUAGGUGCCAUUAGACGAUCUCUACACAAAAGCCUGGAACGUCCUCCUGAAGGAAGGCGUCUUCUCUCAGAAUGUCCUGUCGCAGGCAUCCAGCCUGGAAAGCAAUCUGAAGCUGGCAUGGGAGAAACUGCAGGAGCCGAAAAAGAUCGAGCAGAAAUUGACGUUGAUGCAGUCGAGCACUAUGCGACUCAGAAGCCAAUUGGCUGUUCAUAAUGUCAUGUUUGAUGAGAUACUCACUUUGCGGAACUUCGCGUCGAUUAGAGCUAAGUUCAUAGUGGAUAUUCAGGCGGAGGUCGCUUCACUUCAAGCUGUAUAUAG